GACAAAGAACUAAAACAAGGACAGUUUGAUAUAGUUAGUUCUGACGAACUAACUAUAAGUAAAUGGAAAGACAGAGGAAAAAAGUGUGUAAAUGUAAUUAGUAACAUGCAUAAUGCCAAUUGUAUUGGUUCUGUUUCUAGAAGAGAUAAUCUAGGAAAUAAACAAGUAAUAAAAGCUCCAAUGGCUAUUGUAGACUACAAUAAGUACAUGGGUGGUGUCGACCACUUUGACCAGUUUCAUUCAUACUACAAUGUGGCAUGGAAGUCUAGAAGAUGGUGGUUAAAAAUAUUUUAUUAUCUUCUAGAUGCUUCUAUAGUAAAUUCAUUUAUACUUUAUCAAACAACAAGUAAUCUACAUGACCCCAAGAUAUCAAAAUUUACACACCUUGCUUUCAGAUCAACAUUAGCUAAUCAAUUAAUCGGUGAUUAUUCUUCAAAAAAAAAACCAGGUGUUCAAAAAUCAAUGCAAAGAAAAUUGACAAAAAAAACUGGAAAAUUGAUUAUUGGAAACCAUUAUUAUCUUCAAAAUAUUGGUGAUCAUUUACCAACCAAAGGUACAUAUCGUCGGUGUGGAUAUUGUAGUACAAAAGAGAUACAGAAACGUUCUAACAUUAUUUGCAAAAAAUGUGAUAUUGCACUUUGCUUAAAAUGUUUUGCACCCUUCCACAAGAACUCUUAACGCUAGUCAAUUACAUUCAAUUUGUAUGAAUUAUAAGUAUUUUUUU